GAGAGGAAGUAUUAGCAGAAUUCUUGUUUAUGAAGAUUGUGAAAAAUGAGUUUCUCAGAGAAAAGUAAUAGAAACGAGAAAAAAGCAUUGGUUAGAGUGCUGGAGAUCGAUGGUGGUAGUAAUUUUCAGAAAGAAGUGCUUGGAUUCGGAGUAAAACUGAAAAAAGAUCAAGAAACGAACUCCUAUAUGUUUCUCACGAGUUCGUCGGUUCUUAGAAGUCCCCUGUGGAUUCCUAGAGAAAGUAAGAUUGUUGCUGAAAGGUACUGUUCUAAAUAUCCCGACCAUUUACGCCGCUCAGAUCACAGAGAAAAAAUAUACAAGGUGACCAGUUCUGUGGAUGAUCAUGUAUCUUUUGCAUUCUAUGAUGGUGAAAGCGAGGAGGGAUUUCUUGAAGUUGACGACGGUACCUUCUACGAGACCCUUCAGAUGCAUAACACCCUAUAUGCAUAUGCCUUUGAAGGAAAAGAUAUUGUUGCUUUGAUAUUUGAAGACAAAUAUUCAAGUAAUGAAUAUAAGUUGACACGUGUUAGCAAAGAAAGUUUUCCAAUUAAGAAAGCCAAAGGUGCACCAAUAAUCCACUACGAUCAAUGCUCUGAUAAACCAAAGGUUGUUGGUAUACUCGAUAUCAAGAGUGAUGGCAAUCUUUAUCCUGUGUUUCUCACUGAAAAAAACUUGGAAGUUAAAUCCGUUGAUCCUGAAGAAAUGCAAGAAGCCGAGGCUUCAGAUGCUAACCCUCAGGAUGAAAAGGAUAGUCCCAUUGUUAACAAUGCCAAGAAUGGGAGACCAGAUGCUUUAGUGACUGAUGAACCUGACACCAUACAUCCUAGUGAUAAUCAAGCUACAAAACAGAUAACGGUAGUGACAGGACACCAGAAACAAAAAGAAGUUAUUACAAUGAGCGAUUUCAACUUGGAAAUGGAGAUAACUUAUCAUGUCACAAAUUUGGGUAGCAACGAAAACAGUGGUGAGAGUUCUCCACAUCUCUUUCUUCCAGAUAAAAAACCUGCAACUGUGUUCCAAGAGGAAUCUAAAUGCUUCAAGUACGAUAAAAUAAACGAAGCUUUACCAAACAACUUACAAAGACGAUUAGUGAUCAAACUUGACCCGGAACGUCCUUUAGGCGGAGAUAUAUGUGACCUAGCCCAUGCUUAUGGCUACAACCAAGAAGAAAUAAACUUUUUGAAGAAUCUGAGAAACCCAACAAAAGAAUUACUCCAGCAAAAAGGAAACUCUACCUUGCUAUGCCUGAGAGAUAAACUUAAAACAAUUGGAAGAGAUGAUGCUGCUGAUCUUGUUGAUGGUCACAUUAGAAAUAAUUGUCAUUGUGAACAAUGUGGUAACUUACGAUGAAGUUCGUAUGCACCAUGUUUUCAACUGUACACAUGUGAACAAUGUGGUUUUAACAAAUGUGCCUUAGUAGAUAAUUUUAUCACCGUAGAUAGGAAAGAUAGCAGACUGACCUUUCGGACGUUAGUCCUUCGUCAGAGUCAAUCAAAUGUGGUUGUUAGCUUAGGAUAUGUAUCUUGUCUUUUUACGAUAACACUGAGCUAUGACAUGGACAUAGCUUUUGAGUUAUUUUGAUCGCUAUGUACACCAAAUCAAAAUAAGACGACCAAUGUUCAUAUGGAAACAUAAAAGCGUUUUCACAUGUACGAGAGCCUACUCUCCAGAACAAUAGUUUUUUCAAAUCAGUCUCCAUUUUUGGAUUCAGUGUAUAACAAUGUCAUUAACACCAAUUUCAAAUGAUUUUAAUCUCAUUAAGGUCUAUUAAGUUUAUGGAAUGAGACCAAAAGAUUGAAGCUCUUAUUAUCUUGGUACAAAUCAUUUUUCUCAAGAAGUUUUCAAAAGAAUAAUAAUAAUAUUUUAUUAGUAUAACAAAUGAAUUUUUUGUAACAAAAAUUAUGAUCUUUUUUGAACUUUCUGUUUUUAUUUUAGGAUUACCGGUAAAUCAAUGUCAUGCAAAUAAAGUUGAUCUAUCUAAAGGAACACCAUUUUUUAUAGACCUUAUCACUGUUAUCCCAUUUGACCCAAAGUGUCACUCCCUUGAGGCCUAUUGUCUUAGUUUGCCGGUAAUGGCUAAGAAGAUAACAAACUUAAAAUGAACAAGAAUCAGAAAAUAAUAUAAUUUUAUCUCAAAAGCAGACACGAAAAUGAAGACUGGUAUAUGAUAAUAGUUAAAAGGCAUAUAAAAACAGCACUCCAAAGACAAUAUUAUACAUGGCAUGUAUUUCUCAGCAGAUAGCUUUUCUGGUUUUCAAUAUACUUGAUUGAACUUUAAAUAAAGUUUUACUGUAAAGCUUUAAUAAUGCUUUGAACAAAUUUA